AUGAUGAUGCCGAAACGACUUGCACUUCCCUGUUGCCUGAGAGCAAGACCUCUAUGGAUCAAUUUGUGUGUUGCCACUUUGCUAGCUGCAGGAGAAUGCGAGGCUGGAUUCUUUGGAGGCCAGCAGCGUUGGUUCUCUGCUCUCUAUAGUUCUCGAUUGUUUUCCCAUCCACCCAACGGUGCUGCUGAUCCACUGUUACCUCUGGUAGAAAUUGACCAGUCCAACAAUCUAUAUCUUUCUACGCGUCCCGAAGUCAAAGAAUACCUGGAGUCUCUCCGAUGGAAUGCGGCUUUGGAUGACGACAAAAAGCUCAACAACAAUCAAGACGCCGCAGCAGCGCUUCUUCUCUACGAUCCGCUGUGGGAACAAGUCAAGCUAGAAGCCACAAUGGCCCUGUCGGCCAAUGAUGCCAAUGCAGGUCCCUUACUCUACACGGGGAUACUGUCAAAGUCGUCUCUGCUGGAAGCCAUUGUGGGUGUCAUUUCACACGAAAUUGCCACGGAACUCAUUCCAGCCACGGCUCUCAAGAAUUUGUUUAUGGAACAAUUGAUUGAUGCCGAUGUACGGGCCAUUUCCUGCGAUCUCGUGGCAUCAUCGACACGCAGUGCCAGCGUCGAAAAUGCCAUGGCAGCCGUUCUCUAUUCCCAAGGGUUUCAUGCCCUGGUGUGUCAUAGGCUCGCUCAUCGAUUGUGGCAGGCAGGAAGGACCGGGUUGGCCUACUACAUGCAAUCUACUGUCAGUCGCAAAUAUUCCGCCGACAUUCACCCUGCUGCACAAAUGGGAGUUGGCAUUCAUUUGCGGGCAACCGCUGGAGUGGUGAUUGGAGAAACGGCCGUGUUAGGAAAUGAUGUUUCCAUUUUGGAGGGUGUGACGCUGGGUGGAACAGGAAAGGAGUCCGGUGAUCGACAUCCAAAGCUUAGUCAUGGAGUCACCGUGCAGCACGGAGCCAGUAUCUUGGGGAACAUUCCCAUCGGCGAGGGCGCCAUUAUUGCUUCCAAGAGUAUCGUUACCAAACCGGUACCACCGCUGGCACUCUUUAGUGGUGUCCCGGCCAAGUUUCAAGGAUAUCGUGCCUUGACACCGGAUGAAUUCAAGUCGGACAUGCAACGGCAUUUGGCAUCCAAGUACUUGCAACGAUGGAAGCUGAUCAUGGCAGAAAUAAGAGAGAAUGAAGAUUCCAACGAAGGACAAUGA